AAUUGUAUUCCGGAAGACGCACAGCGGCGGACUUGCACGCUCUUCGGAAGUGCAACACUUUUACGUUUUGGAGGCUAAGCACUAGAAAAGAUGAGUGGAGACUCAAAUGGUAAUAAAGAGUUUGAUGAGCAGCUCCGUUUGCAGCAGCUGUAUGGACAGAGGCCAGAAAGUGGAGAGGAUCCAUACACAUACGUCGACCCAGAAGACGGCACUGUGUACGACUGGGAUCAUGAAAAGAGAGCGUGGUUUCCAAAGGUAAAUGAUGAUUUCAUCGCAGCAUAUCAAGCAAACUAUGGAUUUAAUGAGGAAGGGGCCCCUGAUCCGUCUGCUGCGGUCCCUGUCUCCGAACCUCUCCCUGCCAAACCAGAUGCGCCCAAGAAACCAGAGGAGCCUAAGAAGCUGGAGGAGAGCUCAGACCAGGGAAAAACAACGGAGGGAGCUCAGAAAGGAGAGAAAAGGAAAGCAGAUCCAGGAUGGUUCGAAGUUGAAAAGGACAAAAACACCAAUGUUUAUGUGACGGGUCUUCCUCCAGACAUAACUCCUGAUGAGUUUGUGGAGGUCAUGUCCAAAUGUGGAAUUAUCAUGCGUGAUCCUAUUACAGAAGAGUAUAAAAUCAAGCUCUACAAGGAUAAGGAUGGAAACCAAAAAGGAGAUGGACUUUGCUGCUACCUGAAGAAAGAGUCUGUGGCUCUUGCUGUGCGGCUUUUGGAUGAGACAGAGAUUCGGGGCUACCAGCUGCACGUGGAAGCAGCGCGGUUCGAGCUCAAAGGACAAUAUGACGCCAGCAAGAAGAAGAAAAAGAACAAAGAAUAUCGCAAAAAGCUCCAGCAGCAACAAAAGCAGCUGGACUGGAGGCCAGAAAAGGCUGGGGAUGCUCGCAAAAGGCAUGAAAAAGUCAUCAUCAUCCAAAACAUGUUUCAUCCCAAUGACUUUGAGGAGGAUCCUUUGGUUCUAAAUGAAUACAGAGAUGAUCUACGGACAGAAUGUGAAAAAUUCGGGCAAGUGAAGAAGGUCAUCAUAUUUGAUAGGCACCCUGAUGGAGUGGCAUCCGUGGCUUUUAAGGAACCUGAAGAGGCGGACAUGUGUCAGACAGCUCUGAAUGGACGCUGGUUCGGUGGGAGGAAACUAUCAGCACAGCUGUGGGAUGGUGUAACUGACUACCAGGUUGAGGAAACCUCACGAGAACGAGAAGAGAGACUGAAAUCCUGGUCCUCUUUUCUGGGUGGCGAGAGUGCGUCUGCCGAAGCUAAAGCUAAAGCAGCUGAACAACAAAAUUCCAGCACGCAAGAAGCAGCAGAACAGACUCGACAAGAGGAGCAUGCAAACGCAAGCAGCACAAAACCACAAGAGGGGAAAGAUGAGAAGGAGGAUGAGGAGGAAGAAGGAGGAGUGGUGUCGACUGAUAGUAGUUUAGCAGGAAGUGAUAAUGAGGAUGCGUAGAUGUGGAGAGAAAAGUGGACUUGUUUAAUGUCUGUCGCUCACACUAAUACACAGUGUUUCCUUUUAAUUGUUUAUUCCCAUGACAUGACUGGAUUUCACCAUAUCAGAAUUUGGAUGAUAAUUAAUAUUUUGACUGUAAAUAGUCAUUUGUGUGUAAUUGUUGGAAUCAGUUUAAACAUCUGUUAAUAGUUUUAUAGUAAAAAACAUUUUGUGA